UACUCGACGUUGCGGUCGUCUGGCUUUAAGAAUGGAAAAUUCGAUAAAAGUGCUCGCCUUAUUUUUGUUGUUGCCAUUACUUUAUGUCCCUGCAAAUGGACAUAAAAUAGUAUGUUAUUAUGACUCAGCAAGCUCUUUACGUGAACAUCCAAACCAGUUGACGACUUCAAACUUGGCUCUUGCCCUAAGAUUCUGUUCGCAUUUGAUUUAUGGCUAUGCGGGAAUACGAGCUGACAACUAUCAGGCACACAGCUUAAAUGAACAACUGGACGUUCAACAGCAUCAAUUCUUCGAAGUGACCGCCUUAAAACGCCACUAUCCAGGUCUGAAAGUACUACUGAGUGUGGGAGGUGAUCGCGACAUCGAUGGAGAGCAUCCAAAUAAAUACAUCGAUCUUCUUGAAGGGGGAUACGAUAAGCAGAUAGAAUUUAUAAAAUCAGCUCACUUGUUGGUCAAAAACUACGGAUUCGAUGGUCUUGAUCUUGCCUAUCAGUUUCCCAAGAAUAAGCCCAGGAAAGUUCACUCACUUCUUGGUAAGGCUUGGAAAGCAGUUAAAAAGUUAGGCACUGGCGAUUUUAUUGUGGAUCCUAAAGCAGAGCAGCAUAAGAAUCAAUUCACAUCGCUUGUCCGUAGUGCAAGCGAUAAACUGCGCCAAGAUGAUUUUCUCUUAAGCUUGACUGUGCUUCCCAAUGUCAACUCGACUUGGUAUUUUGAUGUUCCGGUGAUCAAUGACCUUGUUGAUUUUGUUAAUAUUGCUGCAUUUGACUUUGUAACUCCCGAACGCAACCCUGAAGAAGCGGACUACCCAGCUCCGCUAUUUAAGGACGAAUCCCAUGAGCGUUUGUCUCAUUAUAAUGCUGAUUUUCAAACGCAAUAUUGGCUGGAUCAAAGAUUUGAUGAGAAAAGAAUCAUCUUAGGUAUACCCAGCUACGGAAAUGCUUGGAAGCUAACCAAAGAUUCCGGAGAAACUGGAAAGCCCAUUGUGUCGAAGACUAAUGGUCCUGCUCCGCCAGGUCCCUAUUUGAAUAAAGCUGGUGUACGCAGCUUACCAGAAAUAUGUUUGCUGCUAGAGAGUCCAAACAAACCCGUAACGAAAGCUGAUCUUUUGACUGGCGAGGUUAACAAAUAUGGCAGCUAUGUGUUAAGUUCAAAAGAUUUGAAUACUGAGAGAAUCUGGGUUGGCUAUGAUAAUUUGGAGACUGUCAAAUUCAAAACAGCCUUCUCUGUUAGGUACUUGGGAGGCAUAGCUCUUUUCGAUCUAGGUAGUGACGACUUUCAAGGAUCAUGCUUUAAUGAAAAGUUCCCCAUACUGCACACAAUAAUACAACAAGUUCAGGGACAAUAUCCAAUUGAUCCGAUUGUUUAAUGUGUGCAAGCGUGUAUACCGAACUAAACUGAUUAUUCUUAACAUUUGAUUGGCAUUUUCAAAAAUAAAAGAAAUUAAAUGUGAAAGGUGUACUUUUUUAAUUGCUACAAUAAAUGAUGAUCAGCCAACAAAGCAGCUCUCUCUAAGUUGGUUCCUAUAUUUAUCUUGAAUCCACAAAAAAAUCAAUCAAAAACGCUACAGUUGAGUGUGAGUA